AAAAUAAUAGUUUAUGAAAUCACCAAUAUUACAAACAAUUUUAUUUCGUAAGUUUUUUCUAUAAAUUGUUCCUGUGAGUGGACACAUUAGAUAUUAUUAUUUAAGAAAACUAGCCUUAUCUCAUACACCUUUACCCCAGAAAUUACAACCUUUCAAUUACUACGUAAUCAAUAAUCAUCACUUCAACACGUAUACAUACAUAUUUAUUUUGCAAAUAUUGCCAUUCCUAAUUAAUUAAUAAAUGACACAAUUCUACAUAUCCAUCCUCCCUGUAUUACCUUACAAAACAAUUAAAUAAUUUGUGCUUACACAAAAAAAUGAGAACGAUCAUAAUAAUUGUUCCACAUUUGCAAAAACAAACGUGCCUCGUCGUAAUACACUUAUUUCUAACUUAAGAAUAAAUACAUAAGAUCGAAUAUCAUCCAGCGGAAAUAUGUUACAUUUAUCUGUAAAAGGGAUCUCGCUAUUUAUCACUGACACAUAAGUGUGUUACAUAUAAGAAUAAAAAUAAUGGCAAAAACUAAAAGUAGCUUUCCACACGGGUAUAAUAAAUCCAAUCAAGCCAAGUAACCAGGUAGGUUGCUACAAAAUACAUAUCUUUAAAGGGAACAUGGACCGUGGGAAUUUUACAAUUUUCUCGUUUCCGUCUUUUUAUUACCAACACAAAUGUACACAUGAGACAGGGAUUAAUUAACCUGCACAGGUACAUGACUAGUUAACAAUCCUCUACCCACCCGUAUAAAUAUGUCCGUUGCCAACUAAUGUAUCCGUAUCUAGGGGCAAGUUAAAGCAUCUUAAUUGACGGAAUGACGGAAUCAAAAUUGAUCAUAUCGGAAAGAGAGGAAAGAGAAAUGAGGUAAAAAUAAGUAAAGUAAACUAGAUCACUAUUAUUGUUAUUGUUAUUAUGAGUCCAAGUAUUACAUACAUGUCAUCCAUAAUGCAUCGGGUAGCGUCAUAUUUACUUCUAUACUUACAUUGUCCUACUAAUUAGAACUCCUUCUUCUUUUUUACAAAAUAUGGGACACCGACUAUUUUUAUUGCGAUAUUGUAUUCUUGAAUGAAAUCUAGAAACCAGUAUUCUUUUUCUACCUGUAUGGGAAUCAUUCUAGUCUGCAAAAAUUGGUGCAAAUUUGUCUUCUAUUUUUUUCUAAGAAAAUGCAUUUUUUCAGAAACAUAAGAACAUUUCAAUUUUUAGGCUUGAUUUUAUAUAGUGCUUUAGAAUUAGUGUCCUGUGUUAAAAUAAAAUCCGGAAAAGUUACCACCGAAACCACCCCUACUGGCGGAUCUUGGGGAACUUUAAGUGCAAAAUUUAUCCCAUCUCAGCAAAUAGUCACGGAAUUAUUAACCCCGCAAAAACCCGGGAGAAAAUCUAGUCGGGGUAAAAAAGGGAAAAAAUGUCCACGCUAAUUUUCCCAUUGGGGUAACCCCAACAAAUUCUGGGUGGACUUUGGAAUAUCCCUUAAUUCCUAGUGACUCCAAGAUUAACGAAACUAAAAACUUUGGAGAUACAUUUUCAACACCGAGUUCCGUACAAGCGGGAAAUUUUUAUAAUUUGAAUAAUAAUAACCCGACUGGAAUAGAAGAUACGAGUUGGGUUGCGAUUCGGGAUACGAAUGGGGGAACUCGUGCAACCCCAUUGCCAAAAUUACCUCAGAAUUCGCACACGUUGGGAAAUCAUGGAGACCAAAUUUUGCAAGUUCUACCAGAACCACGCCUUCCAUCCCCUCCACAAGACCGAUACCCGACAUCAACCUCGCUUUCAGUAAAUCGAAUCGGUCUCUACGUUCCUGACACGGAUGACGAAAACGAAGAGGAUUCUUCUGAAGAAAAAUCUCGGGAAAAUCUAAAACGCAAAAACAGACGAAAAAACAACUCCAAAAAACACAAAGGCAAAAAUUCCCACAAAAAAUCGGAGUGAUCAUAAAGAUGAAAAUGAUGACGAAAUUGAUGACGGAGCCCCAGGCACGGUAGAUUUAAAGAUCCAAAAGCUCCAAGACCUUGUGACCUCGUUAACCAAAAAUGUUGACGUUAUGCGUCAAAAUACCCAAGUAAUUUCUAAAGGGUUCAACAUUUUAUCGACAAGAUUCAACAAACUCUCCUCCGAUCAGGACGAACUGAGCUUAAAACUGGACAAAAAGUUUGUCUUGGUUGAAGAAGGAAUAAUCCGGAUGCAAACGGAAAUUGGAAAGAAACUUAAAGACAUCGACACUAAGGGGGAAGCAGGGAUUAAAAAUUUAAAAAAGACGGACCAGGAAUUACUUCAGGCACAAAUCACCGCUGGGCAAGAACACAAACGCUGGAUGGAAACCCUUUCCGGCAAAUUGGUCGGGUUCAAAUCAGAUUUCGACAAAGAGUCCAAAGUUUUAGCGGAAAUGGUCAAAGCGUUGGCGGAAAUACAGAAAAAAGAGAAAGGCAAGUUGGACCAGUUGGGAAAAAAUUUGGACGCGGAAAUGGACAAAUUGCGGGACACUUUAGAAGAACAAAACAAUCAUGGGGACGGUGAAAAAGAUAACAAUUUUCAGGAGAGGGCCGGCCAAGAUAGUUUACUUUUGGUCAAACGCGUAGAACAGUUGGAACUGAAUCUCAAGUCUACCCAAACCACUGUGAAAAACGAGUCCGAAAUUUUCCAACGCGAACUUGGCGAUCUUUCAAAAUACGUUGACGACAAAUUGAAACGUCUCGAUGAAUCGUUACAAGAUCAAAAUAUGGCGCACAACUUGGCGCAUGAGCACAUCGCUGGAAAAAUGGAUUCCUGGUCGUCCACAUCAACGACAUCUUUGUUUGAACCUACCGCGCAAUCUCUAAUGGCGGCAAGAGGAGAUGAUUUAGACAUGAUUGAAACAAGUCCGAUUUAUCCCCUAAAAUUUGAAGGAAAUUAAAAGAUUUUUAAAAUAAUUGUAAUAUAUAGAUGCCAAAUCUUAAUGUUUUAAAAAUCGUUUACUCUAAAUUUUGUAGAACAGAUGGUUAAUUUUGUAUCUGUCCAUGAAAAUAUUCAAACCGUUUGGAAACUUUGUUUUUUAGGAACAUAAAAAAGACAACGAAACUCUGGCCGAGGGCUUAUCAUCGUUACGAAAUGAAACUGAGGACACAUUUUUGGAAGUCGCGCGCUCAGAAGAACGCCUUAACAAGGUUGUUCAACAGUUCGAAAUUACCGAUGCGGAACAAGUCAAAAUUCGCGAAGAAUUAUGGAACAUCAAAGACAGGUUGAACGGCUUGGAGGAAAAUUAUGUCAAUUUGUGGAAAACAAAUAAGAAAUUUAUCGCCGAAUUGGAACAAGUUGUCAACAGCGUGGAUAACAUCAAUUUGGUGCAUGGAAACGAGCUACAAACCUUGUCCACUGAUUUUGCCGCGAGUAAGGAUAAAAUUGAAAAUGUGACGAAAACCUGGAGAAAUUUGGACAAUCGGUUAUCCAACGUGGAACUCUUGAUGGACAUGGAAGUCUCGCAAGGCCACGAACCAAACACGAGCGAACUUUCUAAACUGAAAGGUCGUCUUGCCAAUGCGGAAAAGGAUGUUUCCGAACUGUGGAAAAGUUCGGAAAUUUUGUCCUUUCAACAGCAAGUUAUGGCGGAGAAUUUCAAA